AACGUUGGAUAAGCGAAUAUGUUGGAUAAUAAGGAGGGAUUAAGGAAAAGCCUAUUACACAUCAAAUUAGGUUAUGCUUUUACAAAUUAAGCACCAAAACAUCAUGAUAUACCACAAAUUUGACAGAAAAAGUAGUUCAAUACACAAUAAUGCUAUGUAGAAAUUACUGUAUUUACGAACUUGGCACCAAAAUAUCACGAUGUAUUGAAAACAUUGACUACAAAAAAGCGUUGGAUAAUCCAGAACACUGGAUAAGCGAGUGUUGGAUAAGUGAGACUCUACUGUACCUCAAUAAACCCACUUGAUAUCGCUCCUUAAAUCACGACUAUUGAUCUUUUUUAUUUCUUUGAUUGUUUUGAUUUCUCUGUAUCUAUCAGAAUAUUGAGGACGCUAUUGUAUCCCAUUAUCCCAACAUCCAAAAUACUCCAAAAAUCCAACUUUUUCCAAAUGUCUGUCUGAGAUAUUGAGCCCCUUGCUUUCAGACAGUUCAGCGGACACAACCUUUGUGCCUUGUCCCAAAUUGUUAGAUAUAGAAUUACACAUAUGCUUCAGAUCUAAAGGAGAACUGGUUAAAAUUAAUACAUAGGUGGUAUCUAACACCGAAAAAACUGGGCCUAAUGUACAAAAAUAACAAUAACAGAUGCUGGAAGUGUAAGGAUCAAGUGGGCUCCUACUUUCACAUGUGGUGGAGCUGUAAAAAAAUUGAAAAGUGCUGGAAAAUGAUAAUAAGAUUCUUAAAUUAAAUAUGAUUCUGAAACCGGAACUUCUCCUGUUAGGGUUGUACGAUUAUGAAGUUAAAAUUGAGAUAAAUAAAGAUAAACUUUUCACCUAUUUUAUAACGGCUGCUAGGAUGCUUUUGGCGAAAUAUUGGAAAUCAGAAGAAACCCCCACUAAAGAUCAAUGGAUAAAUAAAAUCAUUGAAAUAAGAGAUAUGGACAAUUUAACCUUUUGGUUAAAGGACAAUUCCGGCAAGGCCAAUAAAAUAAAAUAAAAACUGGACUGAUUUUGAAGAUUAUCUAAAAAAAAGAAUAUGAAUGAAGAUAGAAGAAACCACAUUGGAAGAGAAGAACGGAAGCCACCCUACCCCCAAUCCCCAGAGCAUAGGUAACUUUCCCCUGGCUAAAUAGCCAGUACUCCCGAUCCUUUCGCCUCAAUCCAUAUCCACCCUUCCCCCUUUAUCCUUAUCCCAUUUCUUUUUCCUUACCACUCCAUCUUCCUCCACACCCAACCUUCCCUCAUUAACUUUUCCUUUAGUUUACAGCCCCCAUAUCACUUUCAGGUAUUAACAAAGUUUCAAUAAAAACUAUUAAAAAAAAAAGAAUUACCUUCUGGCUAUCUAUAUAUAUAAAAGAGUGAUGGAAUCCCGGCGACCAACAAAACAACAAAACUAAACACCCCACAACCUUGAAAAUUGACAGCACGACCCCUCAUCCACGCCUCUAGGUUGAUACAACAAAAAGAAAAGAAAAAUAAAGUCCUAAUUAGAGGGAGAGGAAUAAUUGUUUUUAUCCAAUUGCUGCCAGUUAGAAGGUUAAGCUCCACCCACUUGGUCUCCUAGCAACCCACUCAGCCCAGGGGACAGGCAGAGUUAGGUCUCACUUAGGCCGCUUCCACACUGCCUAUAAAAUACAGAUUAUCAGAUUUGAACUGGAUCACAUGGCAGUGUAGAUUCAAGGCCUUUCCACACAGCUAUAUAACCCAUUUAGAAUCUCAUCCGCUUUAUGAGCACCAACCCCCAAAGUCAGACACGACUGAACUUAAUGUCAGGAGAAAACCUUUAUUUAUUUAUUACAAUAUUUAUAUCCCGCCCUUCUCACCCAACAGGGGACUCAGGGCGGCUUACAAUAAAACACACAUAUACAAACUGUACAAUACACUAUAAAUCAGUUAAAAAAUUAACUUACAUAAGACAUUCAUAAAACGCAUUAUAAAAUACAGAUAGGCGUGUUCAAGUUUUCCCCUGACGUUAAGUCCAGUCGUGACCGACUCUGGGGGUUGGUGCCCAUCUCCAUUUCUAAGCCGAAGAGCCGGCGUUGUCCAUAGACACCUCCAAGGUCAUGUGGCCACUGGCAUGACUGCAUGGAACGCCGUUACCUUCCAACCAGAGCAGUACCUAUUACUCUACUCACACUCUGAGGGUUGGUGCCCAUCUCCAUUUCUAAGCCGAAGAGCCGGCGUUGUCCAUAGACACCUCCAAGGUCAUGUGGCCACUGGCAUGACUGCAUGGAGUGCCCUUUACCUUAACUACCACCAAUUCCUCAAUACUUUAUUUCCCAUACCACCAUACUUCGCCACAGCAUCGCGUGGCCGGGCACAGCUAGUGUGUAUAUGAAACAUAAAUAAUUUUCAGUGUUUAAACUUGGGUCCCGUCUCCAAGAGAUCUCGUUACGUAUAUCCAAAUAUUACAAAAUCUGAAAAAUCCAUAAUAUUAUAUAUUGGCAGGUUCUCUUCUUCUUGGCAAGAAGAGAAUAUUAUCUCUCUCAGAUCAACAGACUUGGUUGCUCUUUCUAUCUAACUGGCAACCUCAGCUCUUUGCUUUUUGCUUCCUGUGGCUUCUUGCAACGAAGCAAAAGAGUAGGCGGCCCCUUCGCUUUGCAAAAAGACUCACAGAAACGGCAACUCAGAGCAUCCAAAAGUUCAAAAAGAGGCAUCAAGGUGCUGCAACCUGGAGACAACCAUUGUUAGUAGACAAACAUAAGAAGACCAGCAAAUAGGACAGUAAAACUAUUUCUGGAUGCCAAGGCUUAAGCACCGAAGUUGACUUCUUCUUUGAAGGCAACAUGCACAGAAGCAUCUGAUCUCCAGAAGAAACAAAAAAAAGGAAAAUGGAUAACGCGACUUGGCCUGCCAACGCGAGCUCGAAGUGCAAGCUCCAAGCAGACUUCCAGUAUUCCCUCUUCACCGUCAUCUACAGCGCCGUCUUUGUUCUGGGCCUCCUCGAAAACGGAGCCGCGUUGUACCUGCUGACCUACAACGUUCUCAAGACCCCUCGCUCCUCCGUCUUCCUGGUGAACUUGGCCGUGGUGGACACCCUCUUUGCCUGCAUCUUGCCCUUCAGGAUCCACUACCAUUUCAACCACAACGACUGGGUCUUUGGGGACGUGGCUUGCCGGAUCACAGGAUGCAUGUACUUCCUCAACAUCUACCUCAGCAUCGCCUUCUUCACUUGCAUCUGCGUGGACCGCUACGUGGCCGUCUUGUACCCCUUCGCUUACAUCCGGAUCAAGAGUCCCCACUACCGGAUGGUGGCCGUGGUCCUCUGGGUGGCUGCUUUGAGCGUCGCCAGCCCGCUGGUCCUCGGGGGACCGCUCCACUCCACCAAGAACGAGGUCACCUUAUGCUUUGAGAACUUCGCGACGGCCAGCUGGACGGGUCGCAUGAUGCCCUACAACGUCUGCGCCCUGGUCUUUGGCUUUGUUGUCCCUUUUGCCAUCAUUUUAGUCAGCUACCCGUUGAUCGCCCACCGGAUCGCCCACAUCCCCCGCAGCGCCCACAAGAGGAAGGCCUUGGGCACCAUCUACCUCAUCCUCGUGAUCUGCGUCACCUGCUUCCUUCCCUACCACCUCACCCACUUGCUGCACUUCCUCAUGCGAGCCGGGGUGAUCCAGGACUGCGCCUUCGCCGAGUUCAUUUACAAGAUGCGCCGAGUGACGUUGGCACUGGUCAGCGUCAACUGCUGCCUGAACCCCGUUUUGUACUACUUCACGUCGGCUGCCCUAAAGUGGCGCUGGCCUAUUUGUUUCCGCAAGAGGAAGACCCUGGUCUAUACUAUCUGCGGUGGUCAAGUUGGUGAGUGUACUGCCGAACUGAGAAGAAUAACCACAUAAUAGAUCUAAGAUAAUAGAUCUAAGAGAUGCAUACUUUCAUAUAGUCAUAGAUUUGGAAGAGAGCCAUCCAGUCCAACACCCUUAUUAUUAUACCGAGCAAGAACACACCAUCAAAGCCCUCCCGACAGAUGGCCAACCAGCCAUAGAGGAGAUAUAGAUAGAUAGAUAUAAGACACCAUCAAAGCUGGGUGGCCAUCUGUCGGGCAGAUUUAGUGAGGCUCAUCCAGACUUUGGUUGGAGCUUAGUUUUACGCAUCUGAAGGAAGAGGAAACUCUACAGCAGUGGUUCCCAAACUUAUUUGGUCUGCCGCCCUCUUUCCAGAAAAAAUAUGAUGCAGCAAAAGGAGGCGUGGUUUAGAGGAGUGGGCGUGGCUCCUACUCAAGAGGGCGGGGCUGAGCCUCUCCCGUAGUCCAAGAUGCGGGGCUGGGAGGGGGAGGUGGGCGGGACCAGGACUGGGAUGGGCGGAGUUAAAAGCUCUGAGGCAGGGCUGAGCUUCUAUCCCUGUCCUGCGGCACCUGCCAGGACACAGGGGGCGGGGCUAGAGGAGGGGCCGUGUUCUAACAAGCACCUCAGGGGAGGUAUACAGAGGCUCAGCCCUAUCUCACGCUCUCGGGAAGAGGCCCCGCCCCUACCCCUAGCUCCGCCCAUUAGUCCUAAAAGGCCUCUCAGGAGAAAUAUACCGUGUUUCCCCGAAUAUAAGACAGUGUCUUAUAUUAAUUUUUGCUCCCAAAGAUGUGCUAGGUCUUAUUUUGAGGGGAUGUCUUAUUUUUCCAUGAAGAAGAACUCAGAUUUAUUGUUGAACAAAAAAAUGAACAUUUAUUAUAUACUGUACAGUAGUUGUCAUCACAAACCAGCAUAACCAGACAAACUGUGAAUCCUAUCAAGAAUUUCUUGUUAUUACCAAUAUUUCCAUGCACAACACUCUAUGGUAUGCACAUUUACCAAUCCUGCAUGCUCUGGUGUUCUGUUCGUUGGGCAUGCUUUCAAACAAAAACUUUGCUAGGUCUUACUUUCAGGGGAGGCCUUAUAUUUAGCAAUUCAGCAAAACCUCUACUAGGUCUUAUUUUCUGGGGAUGUCUUAUUUUAGGGGAAACAGGGUAGAGGCUCAGCCCUGUCUCAGGAUCUUGGAAGGAGGCCCCACCCCCACCCCUAGCCCCGCCCUUUAGUCCUAAAAGACCUCCCAGGAGAAGUAUAGAAGCUCAGCCCUGUCUCUGGAUCUUGGAAGGAGGCCCCGCCCCCGCCCCAGCCCUGCCCUUUAGUCCUAAAAGCCCUCUCAGGAGAAAUAUAGAGGCUCAGCCCUGUCUCGGGCUCUUGGGAAGAGGCCCCGCCCCCACCCCUAGCCCUACCCUUUGGUCCUAAAAGACCUCUCAGGAGAGGUAUAGAGGCUCAGCCCUGUUUCAGGCUCUUGGAAGGAGGCCCUGUCUCCUUCCCUAGCUCUAGCCCUCUGUGAUUCCAGCCAUAAAAGCCUUUGACAACACAUCGAAUAUCUCUACAGAGAGAAACCUGCCAUUAGAUGUGGGCGAAACGUUAGGAGAGAAUGCUUCUGGAAACAUGGCCAUACGGCCUGGAAAAUUCAUAGCAACCUAGUGAUUCUGGCCAUGAAAGCCUUCAACAACACAUUGAACAUCUCUACGGAAGGAAACCUGCCAUAGAUGUGGGCGAAAUGUCAGGAGAGAAUGUUGCAGAUUGGGGUUGUUGUAUGUUUUCCGGGCUGUAUGGCCAUGUUCUAGAAGUAUUCUCUCCUGACGUUUCACCCACAUCUAUGACAGGCAUCCUCAGAGGUUGUGAGGUAUAUGUAUAUGGGAAGGCUGGCUGGAAUCCUAUGUUGCAGUUAUGAAUGCAUCACAGAGUUAAGCGCCCGUGAGUGUUGUGUAUUCGUAGUCCCUGCGUCAACGGACCUAUGGACCUCACAACCUCUGAGGAUGUCUGCCACAGAUGUGGGCGAAAUGUCAGGAGAGAAUACUUCUCGAACAUGGCCAUAAAGCCCGGAAAACAUACAACAACCCCAAUCUGCAACAUUCUCUCCUGACGUUUCACCCACAUCUGUGGCAGGCAUCCUCAGAAGUUGUGAGGUAUAUGUAUAUGGGAAGGCUGGCUGGAAUCCUAUGUCGCAGUUAUGAAUGCAUCACAGAGUUAAGCGCCCGUGAGUGUUGUGUAUUUGUAGUCCCUGCGUCAACGGACCUACGGACUUCACAACCUCUGAGGAUGCCUGCCAUAGAUGUGGGUGAAAUGUCGAGAUAAUACUUCUGGAACAUGGACAUAUAUUCCUCACAACCUCUGAGGAUGCCUGCCAUAGAUGUGGGUGAAACGUCAGGAGAGAAUACUUCUGGAACAUGGACAUAUAUACCUCACAACCUCUGAGGUUGCCUGCCUUAGAUGUGGGCAAAACGUCAGGAGAGAAUACUUCUGGAACAUGGCCAUACAGCCCGGAAAACAUACAACAACCAUGUGAUCCCGGCCAUGAAAGCCUUCGACAACACAUGUUGCAGAUUGUUCAGUGCAUGUAACCCAGUAACACAACGCACAGUCCAGCCACUUCAAAAAUAUGCAACACAAAUAUGAAUAAUACAAAAAACAGAAAUUUACUCUUUUUUAAGUAUUCAAAGCAGUGACUUCAAAAAACACAAUCAGCAGUAUAGUCACAAUUUCUUUUACACAUAGUCCAUAGAAAUAUAUCCUCCAAUAUUCCUUGGAUGUAGAAAUACUGGCCUGCUGAGAGUCAGGAGCUUUAUGCCGAGCAGCAAAUGUUCAACUUCCAGGAGAAAACACAAAGUAAGACCAACUCAUGGGCCAAACUCUCCCAAGUUACACUCUUCUGAGAGUCGCUGAAACUAAUCAACCCGAAUUACCAGCCUGUGGUUGCAAUUAACCCAAGUGUUUUAAGGUCCCCAGGAUAUGGAAAUAUUGGUAUACAUGCCAUUCAGGUUGCCAAAAAAUUAGAAAAUAUCUUUAUUUUUUUUCUUUAAAAUGCGUAUACACAGGCACACCCCCGUUAGUAGCACCAAUAUUUACAGUAUUUAAGAAAAGUCUGAGGUUUUCUCCUCUCUGGCCUCCCAAACAUACCCGGGGCUUAUGCCGUGAUUUGGGGCAGCGCUUUCUUCAGGAGAGAGGUCACAUAGCUACCCAUUUCUUCAUCCUACACAAGAGAUCAAUAUACAGAUAUAUAUUUAAAGUAUUUGUGGGUUUCUUACUGGUAUUGAAGAGCUCUCCUAUUCCACAACCUUCACAUUAAUAUGCAGCAAGAGAGGAGAAUCCAUUAAAUAACGUCCAAAGUGGUGUAAUAAAUGGUCAGAGUGCGAGACAAGAGUUUGAAUCCACACACAGCCAUAGAAACCCAUUGGAUGACAAGUCACACUAUCUCAGCCUCAGAGGAAGCCAAUACAAACUCCUUGAACACAUCUUGCUAUAAUGAUUCCAAAUUUCCAAAGUCCAAACGUCGCACACUCGACGGUUCCAAUGUGCUUUAAUCAAGAUGCUAAGCAUUUAAAAAUAUUUUCUACUACUGCUGGUAUUAAACUGUUGAUUUUGAAAGUUU